GGGCGGACGCGCGCGCAGCCAAUCGGCGGCGGGGGUGGACCAGCGCGCCGCGGGCGCACGGGCGGCGGUUGGACCGAGCCUCGGGCGGACCGCGGGCGGGUGGCGGCGAUGGCGACCGCGAUGGCAGCGACGGCGGCGGAGCGAGCGGUGCUGGAGGAGGAGUUCCGCUGGCUGCUGCACGACGAGGUCCACGCCGUGCUCAGGCAGCUGCAGGACAUCCUCAAGGAGGCCUCGCUCCGCUUCACUCUGCCGUGCUCUGGUGCAGGCACCGAGGGGCCUGCCAAGCAAGAGAACUUCAUCCUCGGCAGCUGUAGCACAGACCAGGUGAAGGGCGUGCUGACUCUGCAAGGGGAUGCGCUGAGCCAGGCGGACGUGAACCUGAAGAUUCCCCGGAACAACCAGCUGCUGCACUUUGCCUUCCGAGAGGACAAGCAGUGGAAGCUGCAACAGAUCCAGGAUGCCAGGAACCAUGUAAGCCAGGCCAUUUACCUCCUCGCCAACCGGGAUGAAAGCUACCAGUUCAGGACAGGAGCAGAGGUCCUCAAGCUGAUGGACGCUGUGAUGCUGCAGCUGACCAGAGCCCGCAACCGGCUCACCACGCCAGCCACCCUUACUCUGCCUGAGAUCGCUGCCAGUGGCCUCACGCGGAUGUUUGCCCCAGCGCUGCCCUCCGAUCUGCUCGUCAAUGUCUACAUCAACCUCAAUAAGCUCUGCCUCACCGUGUACCAGCUGCACGCCCUGCAGCCCAAUUCCACCAAGAACUUCCGCCCCGCGGGAGGCGCCGUGCUCCACAGCCCCGGGGCCAUGUUUGAGUGGGGCUCCCAGCGCCUGGAGGUGAGCCACGUGCAUAAGGUGGAGUGUGUGAUCCCCUGGCUCAACGACGCCCUGGUCUUCUUCACUGUGUCCCUGCAGCUCUGCCAGCAGCUCAAGGAUAAGAUCUCCGUGUUCUCCAGCUACUGGAGCUACAGGCCUUUCUGAGCAGAGCACCCAAGAGCCUGACCCCCAGGGGAAUGGCCCCUGUCCCCCUCACCCAUCCCCCCCCAGGAACGUUGGCCAGAGCCAGAGCCAGAACCAGGCGGCAUGGGCUAUUAUUUAUUUCUCUCUUUGACCCAUCCUGCCUAUCACAUUUGCACAGAUGGAAAUGAGCACUGGAAGCACGGAGAGACAGGGAUGUGGAAAUGAGCACUGGAAGCAUGGAGAGACAGGGAUGCUGGCUUGCUUUUUCUUUUACUGGGGGUGGUCAGGAAGGUAGAGCCCAGAGGUAGCCCACAUUCCAAACCCUGCCCUCCCUUCACAGCGGGAACCUUUGGACUUGGGGUGGCGCCAGGCCCAGGGCUCUCCUCCUCCCUCCUCUUUCUGCCUUCUGACCUGCCCCAGGAUGGUGACGGGCAGCCGUACUCUCCCCUCUGUUGGAGGGUGAGGAGUGGGCAAGGGCCCUAAGCUGGGAGUCAGGAGGGCAGACAGAACCAUCCACCGCCUCGCUGUGGUGUCCUUGAAUGUGUUUGCUCCGCAUCCCUGACAAGGCCUCCAGGAAAUAAAGAUCAUCUGACUUUA